AUGAUUGCAAUUAUCUUGUUCCUGGUGCUCACACUUUUAACAGAAAAGAGCAAUACAUACAAAUUGAGCAACAACAGAACCACUCUAAAUUAUAUGUAUGUAAGUCGAGGAAUAAAUACCCCCCAAAAGAGAGCCUGUUCCAGUUUUAUUAGCAAGCUGGUAAGUGGUAACAAAGCGUCAUGCCUUCCUGUAGGUGGGGCCAGAGCAGGUAACGCGCGACACACUGCUAGUGACUUGAGCAAUGAUGGUGACAAAAGGAGGUAUUUCAAAUCGGCCAACAGGAACAAACUCUUUUAUAACAUCACUCUUCGAACAAAUGAGGGAGAAAAAAAAAUUCAAUGCGAUGAAGAUGAGUACAUAUUAGAUGCUAGCGAAAGACAGAACGUUGAAUUGCCGUCCAGCUGUAGGGGAGGAAGCUGUUCCACUUGUGCUGCCAAGUUAAUCGAGGGGGAGGUGGACAAUGAGGACCAGAGCUACCUGGACGAAGAUCAGCUGAAGAAGAAAUAUAUUCUGUUGUGUACUUGUUACCCCAAGUCGGACUGCGUUAUUGAAACGCACAAGGAGGAUGAGCUCCACGAUAUGUGA